UCAACUCCAAAAAACCGGUUCUCUAAGAAAUGUAUCCCAAAUAUGGCAUCUUCUUCUUCUGCCACAGCUAGAGUGACCCUCAAACUUCUUAUUGACACCAAAAAUCAAAAAGUUCUGUUCGCUGAAGCAUCUAAAAAUGUCAUUGAUUUUCUCUUCAACUUGCUCCGCUUACCUGUUGGAACAGUUGUGAAACUACUAACCAAGAACGGCAUGGUUGGUAGCAUAGGAAAUCUCUACGACAGUGUUGAAAACAUGAGCGAAAAUUACAUGCAACUUGGCCAAACAAAGGACGUUCUUUUGAAUCCAAGAGCUCCCAUAACUUCAACUGAAAUCUCUGGCCUUCUUCCCGCAAAUGAUGCAGACUCUAACAAUAAUGUUGAAUCUGGAGGGACAUUUUUGUUUUACAAAUGCCCAAGUAACUGUACUUUUGAUGUCACAUGUGAUAGCACAACUCCUUGCUCUAAGUGCAAGCGAGCUAUGAACAGUCUCACGCGCUAUGUUGGAAAGAAAGUUGUUGAUGACAAUGUUUCUAUUCAAAAUGGUUUUGUGAAAGAUGUUAUAACGUUUAUGGUGAUGGAUGAUUUGGUCAUUCAACCAAUGUCAACAAUAUCUAGUAUCACAUUGCUUAACAAGUUUAAUAUCAGAGAGGUUGGUACAUUGCAGGAGAAGGUUGUUGAGAUGGGAAUGGAUGAGGGAAUCAAGUUGCUCAAAGCAUCUCUUCAAUCCAAAAUGGUCUUGACAAGUGUGUUCCUCAAAAAAGAGAUUUGAUGAAGGAUUAAUUUGGCUUAAGGUUUUAGUUUGAAUUUUAAAUUUUUAAGAGGAUAUCAAGGCAUUUAUAUAUAUUUCUGAUUUCUGAUUUUGCUUGAUGUAUUUCAAAGUUGUUUUGCU